CUUUUAGUCUCGCCCCCAGUUUGUGCGUGCUCGAAGUCGCUUUAACCAUUUAUUUUUGUUUUCGUGACACACAAUCUCGAAAUCAAUCACUUCCAAAAGUAAACCAGUUACAUAACUCUCUUCGAAGACACUCAUUCAAGUCUUCGUUUCGAGGUCACCUAUACGGAAAAGAAAGUGACCGCCUCACCUGAUUCACUCCGAAUUCCUCGCGUCCGAGCAUCGAUACCGUCCCUCCCAUCGAGCGCCGCCCCAACCAAAAAUAGAAACCAACCCACCAAAAAACAAACCUCCGAAUCAAUCCCCGCUAAAAGUGUCAUCAGACAUGUCAUCCGCUCUAAAUAAAUAAUAGUUUUCUCCAAAUCGAUACUCCAAGAAGUGUAAACUCGAAAAACGUCCCUGCACGCAUGCGUGCGUAAAAUAAUGCUCAUCGCGCGAAAAUCGCUUUUCGAAAUGUGACAGCUCGGUGUGCCGCCUCUGAUCGGUUUCGAAAAUGGUGCAGAGAAACGAUGCGAUUUUCUUGGUGGUUUUCGUAGUAGGGUUGCUGGGCAUCCAGGGGAAGCCCUCGUGGUCGCUGAAUCUGCCGGCGAUCGGCCCGCUUCGGAACUUCGGGCAAAGGGACCACACUUUCCAUAUCAAGAGCUACAGCGGGAAAAGGGUGAAGAACGACUCCAUUAGGAUGGUGUACUUUCACGACCAGACGGUCGCUAUCGUGGAGUUGGAGCCGGAUAAGUUGCUGCUGAAUUGCGAACUGAUUGAAGUUUACGAACCCGAAGACGCGAUCAAAGCCCUAGGCGACUUCCAGCAGGUCUCGCGCCCCGUCGCUAUCACCUUCAAAGAAAUGACAACCCUAAUGCGCCAAUGCCAGCAAGUCGAAGACGGCAAAACCAUGACCAAUGAACUGUCUAAAAACAUCACGACGCAUCCAAUCGGCCGGGGAAUCCUCGCCAACAACCCCUUCGUCCUCCUCAGCGGGAUCAUUCCAGGAACUAAAUGGUGCGGAACUGGGGACAUAGCCAAAGACUACUACGACCUGGGGGCCGAACCCACCGUUGAUAAAUGUUGCAGAGCUCACGACUUGUGUCCCGUGAAAGUACGGGCGUUUUCGGAGAGAUACAACAUAACGAACGAUUCCUUGUAUACCAAGUCGCAUUGUUUGUGCGACGACCAGUUAUAUACUUGUCUUAAACAAAAUUCGUCACCCACGGCGCACAUAAUGGGGACUAUUUAUUUCAAUCUGGUCCAAAUCCCGUGCCUUGAAGACACCAAGAGUGGAAAACGGUACAGGACACCAAAAAAUAGCUUUUGACGUAGACGUAUUUUGUGCAAUACUGUAAGCUCAAUUUUAUAGUUAAAUCGUUAUUUAUUACUUGUUGGAAAAUCUAAGUGCCUCGGUCAAUAAAACAAUAAUUUUUAAUAAA